CUUGUCGGGAGGUCUUUGCAGAGGAGGGUUUGUAGAGGAAAAGGCGAAGGACGAAAGAAGCCAAUCCUUCUGCCCAGUCCUCCGGCGCCGGCAAGGGCAAGGGCGAGCCCUAGGACAUGGCCAUGAUGUCCCGGUCAAAUGCUGAACUGUUCGAUGCCUUCUAUGCCGUUCUAAGCGAGGAGUGGGCCACCCAGCUAGUCCAGUCCCAGUCAGACGAGACGCUCCGGAUGAAGGCCAUGAUCGUCACUUCCCGGAAGGACACAGAAGCAGGCUGGCUGGCGGCUGAGAAGAUGAAGGGGAUGUUGGUUGAACAGGCCAAAGCCUACCAGGGCAUGUUUGCCAAGCACGAGGGUCUUCUCAAGGAGUCGGACAAGCAGGCUCGUUCAAGAGACCGGGACUUAGUGGAUUCGGAAAUCCUUAAGGAGGAGCCUCAAGGGUCAUUUGUGCCGAGAAAUGGUGGUUUUGAAGGUUUGUCUUCGGAGGACAAGAGGAAGCUAUCGACGAAUGCAAAAGUAAUUAACAUUUUGCAUCCUCUCUUGGUCCCGACGAAUUCGCACGUGUUUGCUCAUGCAAAACGGCUAAAGAGGUGUGGGAUCUACUUCAAGCUACAAAUGAAAGAGACAACUCAACAAAACAAACCAUUCCAGCCCUUGGGAAAUUCGGAAUACGAAUCCUUCAAGAAAGGGCCAUGUGAGACAAUCCAAGAAAUGAACAAGAGGUUCAACGAGAUUGUCAACAAAUUGAAUUUAUUACCUAAAUGUGAUAAGGCCGAAGCCGCCCACAUUUGGUCUUCCUUAUAUUCUCACAAGCUUUUGUUGCAAAAGAUCAAAGAGGAAGAAAUGCUUGCAAACCUCAAACUUACUAACGCCUUCAAACUUUCUAAAGACUCAUCAAGUGAAGAGUUGAGUGAGUCAAGUGAUGAAUCAAGUGACUCAAGCUCCUCGGAAGAGUCCAAUGAUGAAGAAGAUGAAGAGAAGGCAAUGAGAAUGAAGUAUACGAAUUUUCUCAAAUGGAAGAAGUAUGAGAAGAGGAAAGAAACGUAUUCAAAGUCAAAGAAAGAGCGGCAUAAGUCAAGACCUGACAUCACUUAUGCCGUUCAGCAGCUCUGCCUCCACCUUCAUGCGCCCCACGACUCUCACCUCACGGCCAUGAAGAGAGUUCUCCGUUAUCUUAGUGGCACUGCCACUCACGAUCGUACUGAAGCUGUGGAUUUGGCUGUGAAAAACCGCCAAUCACCACUCCACCUUCUGGUCGUCCGCAUUGCUCACAUUGUGGCCGCAACAAUCACAAUGUUGAAACUUGUUUCGAAAUUAUUUGGUUUCCGGCUAGUUAUGGGCGUGGAGGUGGAGGACGAAACAGCGCUGGACGAGGUGGUCGUGGGUCUUCUGGGAGAGGCCAUGGCAGUUGUGGACGCCCAGCCAAUUCGCCAGCCAACCGCGACAGUUCUGCUGGGUUCAGCAGUGGCGGGAAGGCAGCAGCACAUGCUGUUGGAGAGGAGGCUUCCGACAGCACAUUAAGUGGUCAAAUGGCUCGCUUGAUGUCAAUGCUCGAGUCCUCCGCCUCAAAUCCGUAUAAUGGUAUGUCUCUCUCUUCUUGUGAUUGGUUGAUUGACAGUGGCGCUACACAUCAUAUGACGGGUAUCCGGUCUCAUUUAUUUCAUCUUGAACAAGUGAUGCCGUGUUCCAUUAGUCCCCCUUACCCAAUUUAGUUGUCCAUACAUAUCCUAAAUUAUAUCAAAUGUAUUGAUAUUUUUAUAUUGUGCGCACAUUGAAAUUUUAUUUUGUGACUAUUCCGAAAUAAGUAGAUUAAUGUAUAAAAAAUAUUCUCAAGUUUGUAAAAAAUAUAAUUUUUCAAACUCUCGCAAAAAAAAAAGCUACACCUAAGUGUUUGCAAUCAAAACUAUAAAUUUUG